AUGGAAACCGUCCACGGCGUUGACGUCAGUUGGCUCCAUCAGCCAAACAGAGAAAGAGAGCACCCCCAGCAUGAACCACAUGUCCACAGAGCUCCCGGAGUUGUCGACGACGCCCCUCCGCCUGUCUCGUCGCAUACUCGCUCUCGCUCCGCUUCGCCUGUAGAUACAAAAAAAGCGCCUCCGCAACCUUCAAAAGCACCCUCUCCACCACCUCGGGACGCUACGCCAACCCAGCCUCCGCCUUCAAAUCCUGCCGAUUCGUCCAAUGCAGCAUCGAAGACCCCGUCCAGACGACCAAGUAUCCUGAGUCGCAAAGACAGCUCCGAUGGUAACAAGUACUCACGCAGAAACUCGUGGAUCUCAAACAUCAGCUCCAAAUUCUCCUCGCAAGCCCCUUCGUCGCCAAGUGUGCCUCAGACCACAAGGUCGCAAGCCAAUGGCACUAACGCUGGUCCGUCAGCGCAAUCUGCGAGAGACAACCUAGCUACAAGCCCAACGCAGUCAACAACAAACCGUGAGGCCGAAGAACUACAACCAUACGUUCCUCAAAGGCCAAAAGAUACCAACAGCUCCUUUUUUUCAAACCUUACUCGUCGCCUGUCUUCUGGCGCACAAAAUCCCGGCACUGCUCGUCCAGCCGAGAAUGGUGGCAUGUGCCCACGUCGUGUCCUGAAUGUCAACCAGAGUCGCGAACGUUGCCUUCUUCCCGAGCUGGACUCGGCCAAACUACGACGUGUCGCCUUCUCGGUUGAUGUUGAAAUCGCAUCCGGCCCGCGUUACAAAGAUGAUGACGCUGUGGACGUCUCAAAACAGAAGAAGGCUAAAGACAAGAAAAUGAAGGAACGCGGAGAGGGAGAGGCUCUCAAGAAUCCACAAGCAGUUACCGAACGUAAAGAGCAAUCCGAUGCUGCUGCUACUUCUACCGACGAUGCUAUUACCGAGAGGGAUGAAGCACCAGAGACAGAUCUCGAGGGCAGCGACAAGACGACGGCCACUGGGGACAAAUCAAACAUAUCACCUGAGGAUGAUGCAGCACGUAAAGAACGGACAGAAAAGAAGAGACAGAAAGCUGAGAAUAGCGGCCAUAUUCCACGUGAACUAAAUGGCGAUCCUUCCCCGAAGGAAGACGCUCCAGCCAACCCAAUUCCCCCCGUUUCGGGCGCAGCAACUCCUAAAGACCGCCCAACGACCGACCCCGUGAGAAUAUACCGAAGAUGUUGUCAACUCAGGGAGUCGCCAAUUCUCAAACGUAUCACCGAACAGCUUAUGGCAGAGGACUGUACCUCGCCCGACGAUCCUGGAACCGUUACUCAACUCAAUCUCACCGGAUCUCGACUACAAUUGGCCGAUUUCGUGACACUGGGUGAUUGGCUCGCGAUCGUCCCUGUGAAGCGGCUAUUGCUUGAGGAUGCAGACAUUGGCGAUGAGGGUUUGCGCGUCGUUCUGUCUGGCCUGCUCGCUUCAAAGAAGCCUCAACCUACCAGGCGCCGAAACGGUACCCGCCAACCUCCUGCCAAACCUACGGGUGGGAUCGUGGAGAAGCUUACCCUGAAAAACAACCCAAGAAUCUCAAAGAUCGGUUGGAAGCAUAUCUCAAUCUUCUUAUACAUGUGUCGGUCGAUCAAGGCUCUUGAUGUUUCAAUGCUAAGCCUCCCCCAUGAACUACCGUCAAGCGAGCCUGAUCCCAACAUCAAGGCACCUAGUCAAAUGCCCAAAACCACUGGCAAAUCAGUCGAUGCUGCAGAAACGUUGUGCAAAGCACUGUCUGGAAGGCUUGGCGGGUCUCGUUUGGAAGAACUCACUAUGGCAGAAUGCGGACUUGUCCCGGACCAGAUUAAAAAGAUUGUCGACGGAGCUACAAUUUGCGGUAUUGCCAGGCUCGGAUUUGCUGGUAACAAGCUCGACGACGAAGGUUUCGAACACAUACUGCAUUAUGUUCGAUCAGGAGUUUGCCACGCUCUUGAUGUAGGCAGUAAUGACCUGAGAGGCAAGCUUGGCAAGCUCGCAGAAGCUCUAUCACACAACCCUAACUGUCCAGUUUGGGGCCUGAGCCUUGCUGGUUGUAACCUGGAUACAGAUUCGCUCAAGGGGCUUCUGCCAACUCUAACGACCUUGCGAAACUUCCGCUUCAUCGAUAUCAGCCACAACAGAAGUUUGUUCGUGGGCGAUGCAUGCGCGAUCCAGCUACUUAGAAAGUACCUACCCAAGCUGGACAACCUGAAGAGAUUGCAUCUUAUAGAUGUUGGUCUUUCAGUAAAGCAGGCCAUAUCCUUGGCCGAGGUGUUACCGGAGGGUGUUUCGCUUGCUCAUCUGACUAUUCUUGAAAACCCUCAACUGACUGCAUUGUCCCAAGCGACCGAUGAAGACAGCCAGGAGGAGGCUUGCGCUUUGUAUGCUUCACUUUGCGCUGCUGCACGAGUGUCGAAAUCACUUGUCUGCAUUGAUGUCGAUGUUCCUGGCCCUGGCCAAAGCGAGGUGGUCAAGGCCUUGGCGAAGCAAAUCGUUGCAUACUGUCUGCGUAACAUGGACAGAACUAUGGCUCAAUCGUCACUUCUGCCUGCAGCUACCAUGCUGUCCAAGCAGCACGGUGUUGAGGAUGCCAGACAAGUACCAGUGCCGGAUGUGUUGGUCCAUCUUGUUGGACAUCUGGACGAGGAUCAACUUUCAGACGCCAGCGACGACGAAACCGCACCGGACGACGACUACAUUGUUGGUGGUAAUGGCAUCAUCAAAGCACUCGAAUACUUCCUUGGACAAGGCCGAUCAGAGCAACGUAAUGGCAGCGUAUCGCUGUCGGGAACCACUACACCUCGAGACAUUGGUAAUUCAGCUCGGAGCGAGAGCAAAAGGAAAGGAAAAGCCAAGGAAGUCAGUAGGAAUCUGCUUGAAAGCGCUCGUAAGCUUCGAAACCGUUUGAAGCCUGCUCUUGCUAAGGAGUUUGCGGCUGGUGACGAACUGAAUUACCGUCGCCUGCUCUUCCUUGACGAGACUUUGAGUGGUAUGAUCGAGAGAUUCGAGGACGAGUUCCCAGAGACUCGCCUCCACCUGGACAUCCCGCCACACGAGCCCAACCUCUCUCUAUCAUCUUCACUGGAAUCGACAGAAUCUGGACCACUGUCAAAUGACUUUAUGAGCAGCUCCGCUACUACAUUUAGGACUGGAACAACAGCUAUCGAAUCAGAGCAGGAUGAAGAACCAGAUCCUCGUGACUUCAUGAGAAGGAAAGCAAGCGAUGUCAGUCUCGCUGGAAGAGCUCUUGCGAUUGAAGAAGGUCGUCUCCAUCGCCUUGGACACAAAGUACGUCAAAACAUGAUCGAUGUGCCAACAGUGGCUGCACCCACGUCAGAGUCAGAUGCGCAAGGCGAAUGGGCGCCAGGCUCCCAUAUGGCAGACAUUGCUUCGAAGCUGGAAGAACUGUCUGGACCAGAGCUACGAGUUCUGGUGCAUCAAGGAGGAUGGGAAAGAGUGCUGGAGAAGUUCGGAGCCAACAUGGAGGAGCUGCAGCAAUUGCAGAUGAAAGAUCCGCAGGGUUGGGAACAGUUCAAGGAGAGUCAGCUCAAAGCGCGGGCCAACCGCGGCACUGCGAUAUUCCAGUGA